CUGGGAGCCCCGGUCCGCCAGGGGGCGCUCUGAACUCGGGGCCGCCGAGGCUCGCCCCGCCGGCAGCUUGCUCGUGACGUCACAACUCCGCGCCGCUCGGUGACGUCACACUCCCGCGCCGCGCGGUGCUGCCAUGGCGGCGGCGGAGGAGGAGGAGGCGGCGGUGCCGCCCCAGAAGCGCUUCUACCGACAGCGCGCGCACUCGAACCCGCUGGCCGACCACACCCUGCGCUACCCCGCCCGCCCUCAGGACAUGGACUGGGCCUCGCUGUUCCCGAGCUUUUUUCCGCCCGACGCCCCCCCCGGGACCCCCCCGGCCCGCGUGGAGUUCGCAGAUGUGGGGUGCGGCUACGGGGGGCUGCUCGUGCUGCUGGCCGAGCGUUUCCCGCAGACUCUGUCGCUAGGGCUGGAGCUGCGGGGGAAGGUGGCCGCGUUCACCCGCGCCAGGAUCCGCGCCCUGCGCGCGGCUCAGCCCGGCCGCUUCGGCAACGUGGCCUGCGUGAGGGGCAACGCCAUGAAACACCUUCCUCACUUCUUCCAGAGAGCCCAGCUCUCCAAGCUCUUUUUCCUGUUCCCUGAUCCCCAUUUCAAGCGCACGAAGCACAAGUGGAGAAUCAUCAGCCCCGCCAUGCUGGCCGAGUACGGCUACGUGCUGCGCCCUGGGGGCCUGGUGUACACGGUGACAGACGUGCCUGAGCUGCACCAGUGGAUGCUGCAGCAUUUUGGGGAGCACCCCCUGUUUGAGCCCCUGCCCCCUGCCCAGCUGGCCGCGGAGCCGCUGCUGCCGCUGCUGCCGUCGGUGACGGAGGAGGGACAGAGGGCCCGGCGGGCGGGACGCCCCCCCUGCACCGCCGUGUUCCGCCGCCGCCCCGACCCCCCCCCGGGGGGACCCUGACCCGCGGGGAGGGGCCGGACCCCUCCCGCAGCCCCGUUUUGUAAUAAAGCCACAAAGUGU